GAAACUGCUCCAUCCGCCCGCCGCCGCAUGCGCACUUGUGGGGAAGUUAAGUGUAGAAAAAAACUUAUAUUUCGCUUUGCCGAUUUGAAUUUUUCGAGCAGAUGAGAACUGAAGAGUGUUUCAGUCGAUCGUUUGCUCUUCGCCAUGAAAAACCGCUCAAGCUGUAGGUUUUUUUUUGCAUGUGCUCGUUUGUUUCUAUGUUGCCAUGGUAACGGUGCACGGCGUUGCCACAGCGCUUGCUCUCCCCUAGUCCAUAUUAAAAAUCCACGCUUCACACAUUUUGGUUUAGUUUUCAGAAGAAAGGGCGCUAGAGAGUCAGUGUGGAAAUGGAUAUCAUUGAGAGCAGUUACAAAGGAGAUACAAAAAAUGACAGAAUGGAUGGAAAAGGAGAGUACACUUUCCCUACAGAAACUAAGUAUGUGGGAGAGACGAAAGAUGGGAUGUUCCACGGCAAAGGAGUGCUGCACUUUCCAAAUGGAAGUAAAUAUGAGGCCACCUGGGAAAAUGGCAAAGCUAAACAGGGUUAUUUUGCCUUUGCUGAUGGUCUGCAGUACGAGGAGCAGAACUGGGACUACUGCGAUGGUUAUGAUAGGUGCUUCUACAGUGAGCGAUGCAAUGGACUUAGACCUGCAGGGGAAUCUCAGCUAACUGAUCUUUAUCCGCCACGUGUCAUUCCUGAGGGGUGUUACGAUUGUGCCGAUGGUUUCUAUGACCCCAAUACCAAAGUUGUCACUUCCUACACUGGCAGAUUCCUCAGGAAUGCAGAUGACUCCGAGCAUGAGUGGAUUGUGCGGACUUGUCGGAAAGCUUGGGACGAGGUUGUUGUCGUUCAUCCUGAAAACUCUUUUGCAACCCGACCUAAAGAAAGCAGCAAAUGAUGAGUUCAGAUCGCUCUUUUCGCCUAUUCAUUUUUAGCGAUAGCUUAGUAAAAAUAAAGGAAUUGUUGCACUUGUUUUUUUUCUUUUAUUUA